CUCUAGGCAUUGGAGGAAAGUCACGAUGAUGGCAUGGCGUGCCUGGUCGAAGAUGCCGCAUAAGGGCCAUUCUGAGGCAAAGGUCAGUCAAGGACUUCUCUCGAGGUACUCCUCAACCAAAGACCAUCCUCAAUAAAUUCUCUUCCGCAAGCCGUCUAAAGAAUCAACAGUCUCGUGACAACGUGGUGCACUACCUAGUUUCAUCCGUCACCAACUCAAUACAACAACAGAUCGUCAAGCACCAUGGCCCCCAUCGGAGUAGCGAUUGUUGGCGGUGACAUCUUUGCCAAGGAGCAGCAUCUGCCUGCCGUGGAAGCAAGCGACCAGCUCACACUUAAGGCCAUCUACUCGCGGUCCCGUAAGUCCGCCGAGGACACGGCGAAGCUCGUCACUAAGUCCACUUCACCCGACCUGUACUCGGACGACUCGGGCGAUGGCAAGUCGUUCAAGGAUCUCCUGGCCCGCGACGACAUCCAGGCCCUCAUCCUAGCCCUGCCCAUCGUCAACCAAUCCGAGUACAUUGAGCAAGCACUCGCUGCCGGGAAGCACGUCCUGGCCGAGAAGCCUAUCGCCGCCGAUGUCUCUCGAGCCCAGAAGCUGAUCGAGUACUACAACAAGGUCUCCGCCGAACAGGGCGUCACCUUUGCGGUUGCUGAGAACUACCGUUUCCAGCCCCGCUAUACAACUGCGCGGGAUGAAGUGCAGAAGUUGGGCAAAAUCAUCGGCUUCAAUGUGAGGGUUUUCUUUUUCGUGCAGUUGGGCGGCAAGUACAUUGAGACGGCGUGGCGCAAGAAGCCAGACUACCAGGGUGGGUUUCUUCUCGAUGGUGGCGUCCACUUCGCCGCUGCCCUCCGGCUGCUACUCGGCAAGGAGGCGGCGCCGGACUCGGUUGCGGCAUUCUCCGACCUGACACAGAAGCAUCUGCCCCCCAUUGACACCAUCAAUGCGGUCGUCAGGACCAGGUCGGGUGCUACAGGCUCCUUCGCCGUCAGCGUCGGCUCGCCCCUGAGCGCCUUCGACUUCCAUGUGGCGGGCGAGAAGGGCAGUGUCACCUUGUCGAGCCAUGACUUGACUGUCAAGCCCUUUGACGGCGAGGCACGGACAGCCCAGUUCGAGCAGACGAGUGGUGUCAAGGAGGAAGUCAAAGCAUGGGCAGAAGGUUUGGUGGCAGGAAAGCCGAACCCCUUGCAGUCUCCCGAGGAGGCCUUGGCCGACCUGGAGUUCCUUGAGAAGAUCUUCAAGAGUGGUGAACAGGACGGUGCGACUCAAAAGCUGCAACUACAACUGUAAUGAGACAUUGAUAAACAAGAGAUAAGCUCCAGGCUGCCCUGUGGGGUGGAGGAUAGAGUUCAAUUUCAGAGCUUGUUUUCCCUGGCUUCCGCCACCAGAAUUCGCUCCAGCCCUCUCCGCAUUUCGUCGGCCAUGCCGGAUGUGGUUGGGCGACCGGUAGAUGUCUCUACAAAGACGUGGACGAACUCCCCGACCGCCUUCACCUGGUCAAUCCCCUUCUCGAAGAGGGCAAUCUCGUAUGUCGCACUCGACCUUCCCAGCUUGUUCACUCGUAGGGCCAGCUCGACAACCGCGGGGAAGGAGACGGAAGCAAAGUAGUCGCUGUGCGAGUGUACCACCACGCCGUGUUGCUCAGACCCCGCGGGCGAAAGGUUGCAGUGCUCAAUCAGGUAGGUGUUGACAACCGAAUCGUAUCUGCGGGAGACUUUAGUUAUGACGCGGCGUCGGCGGAGUAGCUGGAUGGAGGAGAGUCGUACAGAAAGUUAUAAACGCUAUUGUUCAUGUGCUGGUACAUAUCAUUGUCGGCCCUAGGGAACCUUGUUAUUGACUGUCCAAACGACAAAACCGACAUGAGAAAUGCGCAUGGGAACGGCGAAGACUGAAAUGCAAUGAUGGGAAGAUGACGGGCACGCAACAGAACGCACCCCCCACCCUGACCAACAGCGGCGAGUAAAGGGCGUGAGACGCCUUCAUGGACGGAAGGGAGGUUAGGCGGGGAGAUGGAAGGAGGUCGUCCGGUUGCAGCAGCGGCCAGUCCCCCCCCUUUCGAACCUUUGGCGCAAGGAGUCGAACUCGGCCAUCCAUUUUGAGGUCGGCAGAGGGGAAAGAUGAGUAAUGUCGAGAUGAUGGGGAGGGGGGAAAACCAACCAUCGCGUCCGAUAGUUCAGGAUGUAGCGAUAGUCCUCCCUCCGACGCUUCUUUAACUCCGCAUAGCUUGCCAUGACGACGUCCUGAUGGGAUGAGAUAACGAAAGCGAAGGGCCGAAAUCCCCGGGAAUCCCUGGACCUGUUGUAGUCGACGACGCACUAAUUCAGGACACCUGACAGUAGGAACCGUGCUGGUUUCCAACAGCGAGGAGUGCGUCGCAGUGGCCGGCACUUCGUUUUAGAUUUUGGCUCAACGCGUUCCUUUAAACCUUUGAAGCGAGGCCUUUAUCGAAUGAAGUUCUCAUACGUAGUCUUUUUGACACUAAGCUUGCGGAGGAAUUGGUCGGAGGACUGAACUGGAAAGGGAGUGUUUCUGUGUAGAUCUCAUAUGCCCAAACCGAGGCAAAGUGAAAGCGAAAGUGCAUGUCGCUGCCGACGCCGAAAGGGUUAAUUGUGUCGGCAGACUUGAUUGGACU